AUGAAAAGGGCAUUCGUGUAUGUGGACGAAGACAUGGUAAUGAAGGUCAUUACAUCUAUCAUAAGACUUAGUCUUCAGUAUGGGGCAGUGAUCAGCAUGCGGGCGUGUGCGGGUCUACUCCUAUUGCUCACCGUGUUUGCGGACGCCAAGAAGAGGUUCUCGCUGCCGCUGGCCGAGGGGGCGGUGUCCCAGGACCAGCUCAACGACGCCAACAUGCCCAAUCUACCGCUCGGCAAUCCCGACACGAUGGCCAGCGACAUCCCCGGAGAGCCGCUGAGUCCUGAUGACUUCAGGGAAGGACUCACCAUGGUACACGAAGACCUGGACACGAUGGCUACCGCUGACCCGAUCGAGCUGGCGGGUCUCUUCCAGGGAGACAUAAAUCUCAACAGCCCAGAGGAGUUCUUCGAUCUGGCUGUGCCGUCCGACGCGUUCCCCGCUCAAGGCAGGAACGCCAUCAUCUCAAUGCACAAGCGCUGGCCCAACGGCGUCAUCCCCUACGUCAUCUCUUCGUCUUACAGUGAGUAUGAGAGUCGUUCCACCCCGUCCCUCACGCAACUGCCGUCCCGCAGGUGCUCGAGCUCUGUCGGGCGAGUAGGCGGCGCUCAGGCGCUGUCCCUUGGGCCAGGCUGCAUUUACGUGGGAAUCGUCAUGCACGAGAUGAUGCACGCUGCCGGCUUCUGGCACGAGCAAUCACGCCAAGACAGAGACAACUUCAUCACCAUAAACACGCUCAAUAUCCAGAACGGAAUGGAGUACAACUUCCAGAAGUACGGCUGGGACAGCAUCCAAAGCCUCGGCGUGGAUUACGACCUGGGCUCCAUCAUGCACUACGGCCCUUACGCUUUCGCCAAGGAUCGGACCAAACCCACCAUCAUCCCUAGGGUCACGGGCGCCGAGAUCGGCCAGCGCCGCGGGUUCUCGCAGUCUGACGUUAACAAGCUGAUGAAGCUGUACAACUGCGCCAACACCGGAGAGAUCACGACGGAAGCACCCAUCACGCACAUCACCACAGACACUUGCGCGGACAACAACCAGUUCUGUGACACCUGGGCAGCGAUGGGCGAAUGCAACAAGAACCCGACCUGGAUGAACGUCAACUGCAAAAAGGCGUGCAAACAGUGUGGCAAAGAGUGUCCCGACCACAACGAGCACUGCUCCUAUUGGGCGAGCAAGGGCGAGUGCGUGCAGAACGCCGCUUACAUGGGUCGCUUCUGCAAGAAGUCCUGCGGUUCCUGCCAUUCCGCCGACGAGUUCAAGAAAGACACGUGCGAAAACAGCCACAAACAUUGCGAGGCCUGGGCCACGGACGGGCAGUGCCGCUCCAACCCGAACUACAUGCUAGUCUGGUGCCGCAAGUCUUGCAAGCAGUGCUGAUCUUACCAGUCCCUUGCGAGACACCGGGAGUGCCGCGGCGUCACCUCAACCCUUUUAUUGCCUUUUUGAUAUUCCAUGUUUACCAGCCUCCCCCCCCCCCCCUCCCACCGACAGUGAUAUGCCAGGGGGCCCGUUCUCCGUCUUGGACCCGUCACUGACAACAUGGACCGUGUGAGGCCUUUGAACUGCGCUUAGAGAUAAUUGUGUUCAUACCAGAUAUUGUUGCUAUAUAAUAAACAGUUAUCCUGCA